AUGACGAAAGUGUGUCCUGAAAUCGAAGAAAGGACAAUACCACAAGAAUCAGCUCUUACAGUAUCAAGAGACGUGAGCUUUGCUUCUAAUCAUUUCCCAACGUACAAAUUAGGACCUGAAAACCAGAUACUAGAGGAACCAAAAGAAGAUGAAAAAGGUCCUUCAGUGCAAGAAACCGUCGAGACAGAGAGCGACAAGUUAUCUGAUCAGCACAAGCGUCUUUCAGUCCGUGACCUCGCUAGUAAAUUCGACAAGAAUUUGGCUGCAGCUGUUAAUUUGGCUGAUGAGGCUAAGUUAAGAGAAGUUGCUUCUUUGGAAGGACAUGUUAUGCUGAAGAAGCUAAGGGAUGCUUUAGAAUACAUGAGAGGACGCACUGAUGGGCAAGACAAGGAAGAUGUGGAGAAAGCUAUCUCUAUGGUUGAAGCACUAGCUGUCAAGUUAACUCAGAAUGAAGGAGAGCUAAUUCAAGAAAAGUUUGAAGUCAAGAAACUUGGAAACUUCCUCAAGCAGGCUUCAGAAGAUGCAAAGAAGCUGGUAAACCAGGAAAAAUCAUUCGCUUGUGCUGAGAUCGAAAGUGCAAGAGCCGUUGUGCUUAGACUUGGAGAGGCAUUUGAAGAACAAGAGCGAAGUUCCGAAGCUACUAGAGCUCAAGGACCGGAUGUUGAGAAAUUGGUUGAGGAGGUUCAAGAGGCUAGACAAAUCAAACGGAUGCAUCACCCAACAAAGGUGAUGGGGAUGCAACACGAGCUUCAUGGUUUAAGAAGUCGAAUCCAAGAGAAGUAUAUGAUUUCUGUUAAACUUCAUCAAGAGAUAGCAAUAAUCAAGAGAGCAGAGGAAUCCAAGAACUGUCCAUUUGUUCUUGAAGGCAAACAAAGUCUCGGCUCUUGCUUAAGAAUCCGUGUCUCCUCAGAAAAUGCUGUAGAUCUUUCCAACUGUUCAAUCCAGUGGUACCGUGCAGCUUGUGAAACUAGUCGAAGGGAAGCUAUAUCUGGUGCCAAUGGAUCGGUAUAUGCUCCAGAACCAUUUGAUGUUGGGAGGAUAUUACAGGCAGACAUUCUUUCAAGUGGACAAAAGUUCACAGUUACAACCGAUGGUCCAAUUGAUCCUGAUUCUGGAUUGCAGUCUCGCUUAGAGUCUCUGAUGCGAAAGUCUAACAGUGAAUUCAGUGUGGUUAUAUCACAGAUGAAUGGACAAGACUAUGCAUCACGAUCUCAUGUCCUUACCGUUGGAAAGACGAGGAUCAAGCUGUCUCGAGGAUGGAUCUCAAAGGCGAGAGAAAUAUAUUCGACAUCCAUGCAGCUCUGUGGAGUUAGAGGCAAUAUUAAGGCUCCUGGCAAGGCAUUGUUCUGGCAACCAAGAAAGAGUCUAACUUUCAUACUAACCUUUGAGUCAGAACAAGAACGUAACGCAGCCAUAGCCCUUGCUCGCAAAUACGCUUUCGAUUGCAAUGUUACAUUGCUUGGGCCAGAUGAUUAA